CUGUCGUCAUGACGACCUCCCCUCUCUCACCAUCACAAUGUGUCCAUCGGAGCGUCUUAGUGCAACCUGAGAAGGCGUGGCGGCUCGUGGUCACCUGAGCCGAGUGGCUGCUGAAUGUUUGAUGGAGGCUGUCAGAGAUCCUCUCUGCUUCAGCCGGACCACAAACACCUGAGCAGGUAGACCACAGGUAGAGGACGGGUAGACGCUCUUGAAGCUUCAACAGGCAGGUGAUGGUGUCAGGAUGUCUGACGGGAGGCAGCGAACAUUGUCCACCUCUGGAGAGUCUCUGUAUCAGGUCCUGUCUCUGGAGAAAGGCUGCAGCCAUGACGACAUCAAGAAGUCCUACAGGAAGCUGGCGCUGCGGUAUCACCCCGAUAAGAACCCUGACAACCCGGAGGCGGCGGAGAAGUUUAAGGAACUGAACAGCGCCCAUGCCGUCCUGUCCGACCUCACCAAGAGGAACAUCUACGACUCGUACGGCUCUCUGGGACUCUACGUGGCCCAGCAGUUCGGAGAGGACAACGUCAACACCUACUUCAUGCUGUCCACCUGGUGGGCCAAGGGUCUUUUCGCCGUGUGCGGCGUCCUAACCGGCUGUUACUGCUGCUGCUGUCUCUGCUGCUGCUGUAACUGCUGCUGUGGGAAACUCAAGCCGACGCCCACAGGUGAGGGGGCGGAGCCAGACUACGUCUCCCCUGACGACCUGGAGGAGGAGAUACGCAAUGACCCUGACAAUGACGUGGAGACUCCGAUCGUCCAGCAGCCGACCAACGCCAGCGAGAAAACUCAGCUGAUCGGCGACGGACACCGCAGAUACACAGACACCUACACAUGAAGCCGGCAGGAAACAGGAAACGCAUCACUGCUCCAGUGAUCCACCUGAACCUGAGCGAAGACUGCAGGAGGGUCUGAAACUGUCUCUCUUCUUCACUGUCAACAGUCUGACGUCAGCAGGUCUCAUGUUCCAGACACACAGCAGACAGAAGUAUGUGGACACCCGUACAGACACUUUGUGUCUGAUGCUGAGCAGAGCAUCAACGACGGGACGACUCCAGAACAAGAACCUGAAUCAUCAUCGUCUUCUGGGUCUCUGGGUCAUCUGGGCCUCCGUAGAUCACCUGACUGUCAGACUGUUGCUUUAAAGGAGCAGUUCACUUAAUUAGUAACACCUAGUCCUCUCUUCCUCUCCUCCUCCUGAUGAUAUAAAG